AACCGGUAUCAUUCUUUUAUUUUUAAAGCAUAGAUGCCAGGGAUUGGCAUGCAUAAAUCUCAGCUGAAGAUUCACAGACAAAUGUGACCAUCGUUUUUCCAGCUGUAGUUUUGCUCCCGUUGUUGGAAGCUCCCUUUUUCGUAAAUAUUCCUGCAACCUAACCUUUGUAAUCUUUUUUGGAGGCACAUAUUCAUCGCUGAUCCAGGAAUUUAUAUCAUGAUCGUCCAUGUCUGUUCAAACCGGAACGCGCCAGAAGUAGAGAGUGGUUAGGGGACGUAACUCUGCCUAUUUUUUUUUUCGAAUUCCUAAUAGAGGCUAUAGAUAAUUUCAAAAGUACUUCAUAGCUGUGGAAUUGUUGAGUUGGUCGUUCAGAUCUUCCAGAAUCACCGACUACUAUCUGCAUGAAGAACUAAUGGAAUCUUUGAAAUAUUCGGGUGAGACGUAGCUCCGUGGUACUGCGCUCGUCUGAUACGCGAUCGAUCUAGGAUCGAGUCCCGUCGGUGAGCCCGUUGGGCUAUUUCUCGUUCUAGCCAGAUGACAUUAAUCUCAAUUAAAGAUAUAUUAUCACACCCUCACCUCGGCUAUAUUCGUGCGUAUAUCGAAUUGAGAUUCAACAACGCUUUCCAUGGGAUACAAGCUAGCUGCCUAGUCUGAUAACAUUAUUAUUAGUAGGUUAGAGGAAACCCGCUACCGCCGCAUAGGUUACUCCACUCUUUCUUGUUUUUAAAUGGCGGGACGUACGUACCAAGGGAUCUUUUAUAUGCACUUUUCCACAGACAGGAAAGCACAUAUAACAGCCUUUGACCAGUUGUGGUGCACUAGUUGGAAUGAGAAAAAACAACAACAAUCAGUUAAAUAGAUCUACCGAGGUGGUUCGACCCUGUGACGGGAGCACCCCUGCCGAGCAUUUAACUGACCGACCUAAAUUCCGCCCAUUUCCCAAAUUGGUUGUGCCCGACUUUUUUUUGUCACAAGUGAAACCCCGUUCAUGAAUACCGACCCUUAUUACAGCCAAACAGUUUACACUCUUGAUGAAAAACCAAAUGUAAUUUUAAAAAUAACUCCUUGGCUAUCACUAAACUCAAGAAGCCUUCAAACAUGAAUCUAAAGUUUGUUUUAUUUAACGACACCACUAGAGCACACUGAUUUAUUAAUCAUCGGCUAUUGGAUGUCAAAUAUAUCGUCAUUUUGAGUCAUAAAAGAAACCCGAUACAUUUUUCCAUUAGUAGCAAGGGAUCUUUUAUAUGCACCAUCCCACAAACAGGAUAGCACAUACCACGGCCUUUGAUAUACCAGUCGUGGUGCACUGGAUGGAACGAGAAAUAGAUCAAUGAGCCCACAGACAAGUAUCGAUCGUAGACCGACCGCGCAUCAGACGUGCACUUUAAAACUGGGCUACGUUCCGCCCCAACACGGAUUAUGCAAAACCAACAGGCGAACUCUAUCGCGACAGUAUACACAAAGGAGGUCACUGGAUACUGCUACCGUAUGGUGAUUUCUGGAACAGUCCCAAGAAUUAAAAUCCAAACAUUUUCCCGAGGAGAUCCAAUUUGGGCAGCUUUUCACAUGUACGUGGGGGGCAGUGAGCUUCCUGCUUGGCUUAUGCCCCUACUAGUCCAGAGCAUGGGAGUCCGAGGACUUGGCAGCAUGGGAUUCCGAGGACCUGGCGGCAUGGGAUUCCAGGGAUCUGGCGACAUGGGAUUCCGAGGACCUGGCGGCAUGGGAUUCCGAGGACCUGGCAGCAUGAGAGUCCGAGCCCUGGCGGCAUGGGAGUUCGAGGACCUGGCAGCAUGGGAGACCGAGGACCUGGCAGCAUGGGAGACCGAGGACCUGGUGGCAAGAUACGGGGUAGACUGCCCGCUUUAG